UCUCGCGCCGGUAGGCGCGGGGGUCCCAGUCGCUCGCCUUCUGCUCCGGAGCCCGCGAGCUCCGGCCGGGCUUCUUCUCCGCGCACGACAUUACUCAUCCUGGCCCUGGGAAGAAACUCAAGAAGAAGCUUUUGAGACUUAAAGAUUAGAUGGGGCUUGACUUCUGCUGGGCAGCCCCCAGCUAUAGGAGAUCCCCUGCUGAGCAGAGAGGAUGACUACAGAAUUGAGAGAGGCCAUGACCCUGGCCCCUUGGGGCCCAGUGACAGUGAAAAAGGAGGAGGAAGAGGAGGAAACCUUCGUGGGUCAGGCAUCCAGCCAACAAGUGCACUCUGAAAACGUCAAAGUCUGGGCUCCUGGGGAGGGUCCUCAGACAGGCCUCGAUGUAUCAGAACAGGAGGAAAAGGGUCAGAACAUGUUCUGGGACAUGACUGUAGUCCUGAAACCAACACAGGAGGCGUCUGCUGCAUCAACCCCAGGCAGCUCCUCAUUACCAGAGACUCUGGCCAAGAGUGAGCUACUGGAGACUCGUGGGAACAUGACCUGUCUAGGUGCUGAAACCAAGAACCCACAGUUAUUGGUUCCAAAAACUGAGAUAUGUGAUGAAGCCGAAAAACCUUUCAUAACAUCAGGAAGAAUCCAGAAAGUUGACCCUCCAGGACCUGAGUUAGGAGAAGGCUGUGAAAAAGGGAACAUGUUAAAAAGGCAGAGAAUAAAGAGGGAAAAGAAAGAUUUCAGACAAGUGACAGUGAAGGACUGUCACAUACCUGAAAACUUCAAAGAAGAGGAAGACCAGAAGUGUCACAAAUCUGAGGAGAGAUACAGCCUUGGUUCUGGCUGUGUUAAAAAUCAGAAAAGCCAGCCUGGGCAGAAACCUUUUACAUGUAGCGUGUGUGGGAAAGGUUUUAGUCAGAGCGCAAACCUUGUAGUGCAUCAGCGAAUCCACACUGGAGAGAAACCCUUCGAAUGUCACGAGUGUGGGAAGGCCUUCAUUCAGAGUGCAAACCUUGUUGUGCAUCAGCGAAUCCACACUGGACAGAAACCGUAUGUUUGUUCAAAGUGUGGGAAAGCCUUCACUCAGAGUUCAAAUCUGACUGUACAUCAAAAAAUCCACUCCUUAGAGAAAACGUUUAAGUGCAGUGAAUGCGAGAAAGCCUUCAGUUACAGCUCACAACUUGCCCGGCACCAGAAAGUCCACAUUACAGAAAAAUGCUAUGAAUGUAACGAGUGUGGGAAAACAUUUACUCGGAGCUCAAACCUCAUUGUCCACCAGAGGAUCCACACCGGGGAGAAGCCCUUCGCCUGUAACGAUUGUGGCAAAGCCUUCACCCAGAGCGCAAAUCUUAUUGUGCAUCAGCGAAGCCAUACUGGUGAGAAGCCAUACGAGUGCAAAGAGUGCGGAAAAGCCUUUAGUUGUUUUUCACACCUUAUCGUGCACCAGCGAAUCCACACCGCGGAGAAACCUUACGACUGUAGCGAGUGCGGGAAGGCCUUCAGUCAGCUCUCUUGCCUUAUCGUGCACCAGAGGAUUCACAGCGGGGACCUUCCGUAUGUGUGUAACGAGUGCGGGAAGGCCUUCACCUGCAGCUCGUACCUGCUGAUUCAUCAGAGGAUCCAUAAUGGGGAGAAGCCGUACACGUGCAGCGAGUGUGGCAAGGCCUUCCGGCAGAGGUCGAGCCUCACCGUGCACCAGAGAACCCACACUGGGGAGAAGCCCUACGAGUGCGCCAAGUGCGGCGCGGCUUUCAUCUCCAACUCACACCUCAUGCGCCACCACAGAACCCAUCUUGUUGAGAGCACAUACAAGGACCGAGUUGGGUCCUGGCCCCGCAGCCCUCCCCUUUUCCUCGGAGUCCAGCAGGAGGAACGGAGCGGGAGCUCCACGAAGAUGGAGACACCUCCCUGCUUCCUGGAGCUGCGGGGCAGCAGCCGGCAGCCGGGUGCUCCCACCCCGGCCGUUUCACUGGGCCGCUCUCAGGUCACCGAGGGUCCGCCGUCUGGGAGAGGCAGGCUCGCGCCCGGGGAGUUGAGUGAGAAUGCGAUGCACGCGAGUGAGGACAAGCCCCGUGAGCCUGACAGAGGAGGAGCCCCGGCUGUGGCUCUAGCCUUGGGAACACCACCGGCAGGGCUGAGCGGAGCUCCCAUUUGGAGCCUGGUGGACCACCGCUGGCCAGAAUGCACACGGGAGAAGUCGUGUGGGUGCGGGGAGUGUGGGAAGGCCUUCACGCGCAGCUCCCACCUGAUCCUGCACCAGAGGGUGCACACUGGGGUGAAGCCCUACGUGUGCCCUGAAGCCACACGGGUGAAGACCUAUUGCCGCACCCAGUGCAGGAAGGCCUUCAGCCAGAGGUCCCAUCUCGUCUGCCACCAGACCACUCACACACGGAAGAAACACCAGAGAGGCAAGCGAGGGCUGCGCUUCGGGGUCGCUGAUGACGCACUACCGGCCGCGCUGCUGUUCUUCCGGUCCGGGCGGGUGAGCCUGCGCCCUGGGUUUCCGUGUACCUCCGGGACCGUGGUCGCCGCCCCGCUGGGAGCCGCCGGACAUCACGGUGAGCGGGCGGGGCCCAAGGGAGGGGAAGGCAGCGGCUCCGGGUGCGUCUCAGCUGUGGCGGCGGCCCAGGUUUAUGUAGCAAGCCCGCCCGGGCCUCGUUCUCCCCGGAUUGCUGCCUGCACGGCGGCUCCGAACUCCCGGCGGCCCGGCCCGGCUUGCAGCUUCAACACUGCACUCACCAGGCAAAGAGAAGAUUUGUGGAUGUUGAAUAUGCAAGGAGCUGAAGAGAGAGAGAUUGAAAGAGAGAUUUGUCCAGGUUGGGUGAGCAAGCCUGCUCCAGAGCAGGAUGGCUCUGAAAUUGAUUUGCCAGGGAUAGCAUCAAAGAGAUCCCAAGAGGAUGAAUACCAGGAUUCUACAUUUGCAGAAAAAUAUGUAUGUGAGAGCAUGAAGGAAAACCCUCCCAGAGAGGUUCCUGGACCAUGCCUUUUCCAAGAAGGUUUUGGGGGAAUAACUUUCAUCCACAAGGAAGCACCUCCAGAAAUGAUUAGACAAGAAUAUAAUUUUGAGAGAAGCGUGCUUUUAACCUCAAGCCUUGUUACACAUCUCAGGGUUUCUACAGAAGAGAGCCUACAUCAGUGGGAGACAAGUAGCAUAUACACCAAUGAGAUUUCAGACCAAAGUAAUUGUCCGAUCUUCUCUACACAGAAAAAAUCUUGGAAAUGUAGUGAAUGUGGAAAAACUUUUAAUCAGAGCUCAUCCUUUACCCAGCAUCAGAGAACUCAUACGAGACCCUACACAUGUGAGGAAUGUGGGAAAACUUUUAGUCGUAGCUCAUUCCUUGUUCGACAUCAAAGAAUUCACACCGGGGUGAAACCAUAUGGAUGUGAGCAGUGUGGGAAAACAUUUCGAUGUCGAUCAUUUCUUACUCAGCAUCAGAGAAUCCACACUGGAGAGAAACCAUAUAAAUGUAAUGACUGUGGGAAUUCCUUCCGCAAUCAUUCACAUCUCACUGAACACCAGAGAAUUCACACUGGAGAGAAACCUUAUAAAUGUAAUAGAUGUGGGAAGGCGUUCAGUCAGAACACACACCUCAUUCAUCAUCAGAGAAUUCACACUGGCGAGAAACCUUAUUUAUGCAAUGAAUGUGGCUCUUCUUUUCGCAAACACUCAAAUCUUACACAACAUCAGAGAAUUCACACUGGGGAAAAACCCUAUAAAUGUGAUGAAUGUGGGAAGACUUUCCAUACAAAGGCAAACCUCUCUCAGCAUCAGAGAAUUCAUACUGGAGAGAAACCCUAUAAAUGUAAGGAAUGUGGGAAAGCGUUUUGUCAGAGCCCAUCCCUUAUUAAACACCAGCGAAUUCAUACUGGAGAAAAACCCUAUAAGUGUAAGGAAUGUGGCAAAGCUUUUGCUCAGAGCACCCCACUCACUAAACAUCAGAGAAUUCAUACAGGGGAAAAACCCUACAAAUGCAGUGAGUGUGGUAAAGCUUUCAUUCAGAGCAUUUGCCUUAUUCGGCAUCAGAGAAGCCACACCGGAGAAAAACCCUAUAAAUGCAAUGAAUGUGGGAAGGGCUUUAACCAGAAUACCUGCCUCACUCAGCAUAUGAGAAUUCAUACUGGAGAGAAGCCCUAUAAAUGUCAGGAAUGUGGGAAAGCCUUUGCUCACAACACGUCUCUUACUGAACAUCAUAGAACUCACACUGGUGAGAAGCUCUAUAAGUGUAGUGAGUGUGAGAAAACCUUCCGCAAGUAUGCACACCUUAGCGAACAUUACAGGAUUCACACUGGUGAGAAGCCUUAUGAGUGCAUUGAAUGCGGAAAAUUCUUCAGACAUAGUUCAGUCCUUUUCAGACAUCAGAAACUUCACAGUGGAGAAAAACCUUCCAAGUGUAGUGAAUGUGGAAAGUUUUUUACUCAGAGAUCAUCUCUUACCCAGCAUCAGAAGAUUCACACAGGAGAGAAACCUUAUGUGUGUACUGAAUGUGGAACUUGUUUCCGUAAACAGUCAAAUCUUACUCAACAUCUGAGGAUUCAUACGGGAGAGAAACCUUAUAAAUGUAAUGAAUGUGAGAAAGCCUUUCAAACAAAAGCAGUCCUUGUCCAGCAUCUGAGAAUUCAUACUGGGGAGAAACCCUAUAAAUGCGAUGAAUGUGGCAAAGCCUUUUGUCAGAGUCCAUCCCUUGUUAAACACCUGAGAAUUCAUACUGGAGAGAAGCCCUAUAAAUGCAGCGAGUGUGGCAAAGCCUUCAGUCAGAGCAUAUGCCUUACUCGUCAUCAGAGAAGUCAUUCUGGAGAUAGACCUUAUAAGUGUAAUGACUGUGGGAAAGCCUUUAAUCAGAGUGUGUGCCUCAGGCAGCAUCAGAGAAUCCACUCAGGAGAGAAGCCCUACACAUGUACCAAAUGUGGUAAAACCUUCACUCAGAACUCUUCCCUUGUUGAACAUGAGAGAACUCACACUGGAGAGAAACUUUUUAAGUGUAGUGAGUGUGAAAAAACCUUCCGCAAGCAAGCACACCUUAGUGAACAUUACAGAAUUCACACUGGAGAGAAAGCUUAUGAAUGUGCUAACUGUGGGAAAUCCUUCAGGCACAGCUCAGCGCUUGCUCGACAUCAGAGGCUUCAUGCUGUGGAAUAAAACUCGGGAUAUAACUAGGGUGGAAAGACUUGUAUCAGUAUGAGAACACUUCUUUUUUUUUUCUAAAUUC